UGUUCUGUCUGGUCAGGUGACGUCGUUCAGCACCCCUCCCACCCCAGAGAGGAACCGCCCCUCGUUCUUCUCCCCUUCUCUCCGUCGGAAGGUCCCCAGGAACCGUAUCACUGAGAUGAAGAAGAGUCACUCAGCCAACGAUAGUGAAGAGUUCUUCAGGGAAGAGGACGACGAGGACCUGUGUAACCAGUCCAACCUGCGGUCUCGCUCCCUGUCGGGUACAGGUCGGUCCCUGGUGGGAUCUUGGCUCAAACUGAACCGUACGGAGGAGUACUUCCUGCUUUACUCCCACCUGACCUACGUCACCCUGCCGCUGUACCGCAUCACCUCAGAUAUCCUGGAGGUGAGACAGAAGCCCAUCCUGAUGACAUAGCAGAUCAGAGCUCCAGUCCUCCUAACUGCCCCAGAGCCUCCCUACGAAGUGCCUUCCUGCAUCAGGCCCUGACUGACACCACUACAACCCAGUGGUGAGAUGGAAAACUACAGCAACACUACCAUGGUGGUGAGAUGGAAUUACAGCAACACUACCACCAUCUGGU